AUGGGCAAGUGGAAGUGCACGAAGACCUCAGGUGUAGUUUUACUUACUCCUAAGGAAACGAUCCUUUUGUCAGUAUUUCGUACCUCGACAUCACUUCGUGUUUGUUUCAUCGCCAUGCUACUGUCCACCACAUCCACCGUUCAUAGUGUAAUGUUAACAGCUGAUCAACAUCAACAAGACGAUACUGCUACCUGCACAGAAACUGAUCUCUCAUCAGCAUCAGAGAGCGAAUUGUUAAGCUGUAGACGUCAUUAUCGCUCCUUACUGCAAAAAGUGAACGAUGAACUGGCACGAGUAUCACGUCAAAAACGCUAUUCUCCCAUAUCAGCAUCACUACCCAAUCGUGAAUCGGCAUUUUAUCUGGAUCGUCUCAAAGUGAUACGUUUGGCACGUGAAGAAGAGCUGAACCGUACGUUUAGUGAUGCUAAUGACGAAGAAAUUCUCCAGAAACGGCGUAGACCAUUUGUUCCAAGGAGAAAUAAUACGGUUGAAGAAUGUCGUCAAUUAUCGCAACAAGAACUGGUUAAUGAACUGAAGCAGAAAGGAACAUAUAAUCCAGAUUUGAUGGCAUGGGAUGCAUCUGGAAUCAUCCGUUUCUUGGAUCGUUCUAUUGGUGAUCAGUAUGAAAGACAGUCGAAAACUCGUCUAAGUUUCGAAGAAACAAUGGAGCGUAAUGUGGAGGCACUGGAACGGAUAUUGUCAGAAUUGAAUAUUGAAUGUGAUGUACGUUCGCCUUCGGUGAUUUCGCGGCUGCAAAAUUUGACAUCGAUAGAAAGUCGACGAACGGUUAUUUCACCAUCCAUACGUAUGAUGGAUUCGGAAGUAGAACGAAACAAACGUGGAACUGCUGAGAGUGUCAUUGAUUCUUUGAUAGCAUCUGGAGCUGUUGAUGCUCAUACCAGAGGAAAUAUAAUAAUGCGUAAACGCCAAAAACUUAUUGGUGAUGUUCAUGUAAUACCGUUUGGAUGUGAUAAGCGAGGUGGUGAGGAAGAUGGUUAUCUAAGGUUAUGUGGUGCUUGUCAGGCGAUACGUCGAUUACCAGAUACAUUUUUUCCACCAUUUAUCAACGAAGUGAUGUGUGAUGAUGACAAAGCUUGUCUUUAUUUCUAUGAUUUUCCUCAUGGAAAAUGCACACAGAAACAUAUGAAUUUCGUUGUGUUGAAGAAUGUUGGAACAGACGACUGUCAAAUAUGGCAAAAAUUCAAUCUUAAUGUACGAGUUUCCUGCGAAUGUUUUGUUGAUGAAAUGUCAUUCUUUGCAAAAUAUGUUUGAAUUAAUGGCGACAAUACGAAGGCAUUAAUUUGAAGUGGAUGUGAAGCGGUUAUUAAAGACCAACUUGAAAUUUCCAAUCAGUCUUAUUGGCCAUUGAAGCAUAAAUGCACUAACCAUUGUCUUUG